CCCCUCCCCUGAGUCCCCUCCAUUCCAUUCCCGAGCGGCGGACGGAGAAAUGAGAAGAGUCCUGGCCUCCGGCUCUCCUCCACUGUCCGAUCCGAUCUAGACCCACCCCGAUGGCUUUCCACCGUCGGAUCCUCUUACCCAACGACAAAGACCCUCCCUGCAUCGGAGGCCCCAAAGCCUGCGACACCGCCCCGCCGUCCAUCAGCGCCGAACCCGGGCACCGGCCCCUCUUCAAGGUCCUCAUCAUUUCCAUCUCCCUAGUCGCCGCAUUCUUCUUCCUUUCCCUCAUCUACUUCUCCGUCCUCCGCCGCCGCCGGCGCCACCGCCACCCGUUCCUCACCCCUGCGGCCGUCUCUGCCGGCUCCGCGGCCGCUUCUCCCCCGUCCGAUGAUGACGGAGCCUCCGAGGACGGGGAGGGGCUGCACCACGUGUGGUACAUCCAGACCGUCGGGCUGGAUGAGGCGACGAUCCGGUCCAUCGCCGUCGCCGAAUACAAGGCCGGCGGCGGACUCCUCGGUGCUGCUGACUGCUCGGUGUGCCUCGGGGAGUUCCAGGACGGGGAGCUCGUCCGGCUACUCCCAAAGUGCGGUCACGCCUUCCACGUCCCCUGUAUCGAUACCUGGCUUCGGGCCCAUGUGAACUGCCCCCUUUGCCGGGCCCACAUCAUCGACCCAGCGGCGGAUCUCGCCAGCGCCGCUCCUCCUCCUCCUCCUGCUGCCACCACUGCCGAUACUAUCUUGGUCGACGACUCGAGUCCCUCGGUUCCUGUGGACAAUACCGUCACUGGAAUCCAAGCACCGGAGACCAAUAAUGGGUCGCGUGAUGUGGAAGAGGAGGAUGGAGGAACGGAGAGCGGAGUUGGGAUUGGAAUUUUGACUGACCAGUUGCCGGAAAUCUCUGAGCUUCGGGUGCCGAGCGAUUUGGGGGAAGAUGGGCUGCAGCCGGUUCGCAGGUCGGUUUCAAUGGACUCGCCGUACUUGGGUAUUCUUCCCAUCAUGGUGGCGCCGGAAGAAAACUCUGGGGAGGAGAGAAAAGAUCCCGACUUUGGGGAAGAGCAGAGAAUUAAGAACAAGGGAAAGCAAGGAAAUUCUUCCAAACAAGGUUCGUUGCAGAAGGGUCAUUUAGAGAUAGAAAGAUCUCUGUCGAGCGGCAGGGGGUUCUUCUCUAGAUAUGGACGGGUGGCCAGGAACUAAAUCCUCCCCUUGUGAUGGUGGAUACAAGCAGUUUGUUUCGUUUGGUUGCUGUUAAAACAAUGUCCUUUAGAGUUGGCAGUGUCUGUGAAUUUUGAAUAUGAAGAGUGUUCUCAGCAAUUUGGAAGUUUCUCACUGUUGGUCACACGAUGAGAGAUAGUGAGGAAGGUUAAAAGAAAAGUGAACUUCCAUGUCACAGAUAGUAGGCAGUUCAAACUUAUAUGGUAAUAAAUAGAACUUUGUUCUCUUAUCAAUGAAUGUCUUCACCUUCUAAAGUAGCUGAAUCAAUGUUUCAAUUUGAUCAACGAAAAGUAAAUUGCAGCAGAAAUUUGUGCUUACUUCU